CCGACAACCGAUUGGCUAACGGGAUCAGAGACGUCAGACGCAAAACGCCGAGUCUACCGCGGGAGCGUGAGCGAGGCCAGGUAUUCCGUUUGGAGGCAUCUUUGAGCUCUCUGAGUAGGCACCAUGAGCAAGGCUCACCCUCCCGAGUUGAAAAAAUUUAUGGACAAGAAGUUAUCAUUGAAAUUAAAUGGUGGCAGACAUGUUCAAGGAAUAUUGCGGGGAUUUGAUCCCUUUAUGAAUCUUGUGAUAGAUGAAUGUGUGGAGAUGGCAACUAGUGGGCAACAGAACAAUAUUGGAAUGGUGGUAAUACGAGGAAAUAGUAUCAUCAUGUUAGAAGCCUUGGAACGAGUAUAAAGAAUGGGGGUGUUCACCAGAGAAAUCACCUGCUUCCACAUGUCCCCUACUCCACAGCACCUGUUAUACAAUAUAAAAAUUGGGUCGUGUACAUUUUCAUAUUGAACUUCUUUGUUAAAUAAACUUUUUUAAUAGUCAAAAA